UUUUAAAGGGGGUGCUAGUUGUCUCAUUAGCCCCCCUCCUUCUCCCCUAUCUACUUCCCCCUUUGCCCUCUAUUCCCACCUUUUUAAAGGAGUGCUGGUGGUUUCAGUCCUCCCCUUCAUCCCUGCAUCCUCCUCCUUCCUCUCUAUCCCCCCUUUUUAAGGGGACACUGGUGGUCUCAUUAGUCCCCCUCCUCGUUCCCCCCUUUGUUUUUAGGGGGUGUCGGUGGUAAUGGUGGUCCGCCUUUUUCAACAACAACCCCAUCCUGCUUCUGUGUCUGCGCUCUCUGUCCGGAGCUUGACCCCCUUCAGACUGAGCCUGGCCCCCCGGGGUUUUUUCUAGGGCCCGCUGGCUUUGUGCGUGGGCUUCGUCCCCCCCAUCCCUUCCUCCUCCUCUUCCUCCUCCUGUGCGACGCAGAGGGCUGUCUGGGUGCCCUCCGACCCGAGAGGGGGCCCUGUCCUGCUGCCUCAGGUGGCCCCAGCUGGCAGCAUGGUAGAGAAGCGGUGCCCGCGGCUGCAGAGGGAGAGCGUGUACCGCUGGUUCUCGGAGCUGCCCUCUCCUCAGCGGGUGGAGUUCCUCUGCGGCCUGCUGGACCUGUGCAUCCCCCUCGAGCUGCGCUUCCUGGGCGCCUGCCUGGAGGACCUGGCGCGCAAGGACUACCACUCCCUGCGGGAUUCGGAAAUCAAGGCCAACAACCCCGCGGACCUAGGCAGCCUGACCAACCUGACAGAUGAGGUGGUGCGCAGCAAACUCCUGGUCUCCCUUGCGCUCCUGGGCUCAUCCCACCGGGAGGCGGCCGGGGUCCUCUUCCGCACCCUCACCCACAUCGACUCCGUCAUCCACAACUAUGGGCUGCAGCUCAACGAGGGCCGGACCGGGGAUGAGUUCCUGUUGCUCUUCACCAUGGCUUCCAACCACCCUGCCUUCAGUUUCCAUCAAAAGCAGGUCCUGAGGCAGGAGCUCACCAAGAUCCAGAACAUCAUUGCCAGUACCAGCAAGAGCCCUGGCGCUCCUACGGCAAGCUCCAUGGGGACGUGUCCUGGUUGCCACAAGGUCACUCCAAGAUCCGAGACCCCUAUAAACAGCAUUGGAAACAGUUUAGAAAAUGCACUACAUACAUCAGCACAUUCCAUUGAGGAGUCAUUACCCAAGAGGCCUUCAGGGAAACACUCCAAAGUGAGUGUUGAAAAAGUGGAACUAAAGGGAUUAUCGCACAAAAAGGAUAGGAACAUUGACUAUUCCUUUGAGGUAUUAUGGUCUGAUUCUUCAGUGACAUUGGUAACAAAGUCUUCUGCUGAAGUCACUGAAUUCAUUUCAAAGUUAAGCCAACUGUACCCAGAAGAAAAUGUGGAGAAAUUCAUUCCUUGCCUAGCUGGUCCAGAUUCAUUUUACCUAGACAGAAACCAUAUGGACCUGGAAUCGGACCCUAGGUAUUUGGCAUCAUUACCUCCCCACAUCUUGAAAAAUGACCAUGUCAAGAAGUUUUUCAGCACUUCAUCUCAUGCCCAACAGUUUCAGAGUUCAAAUCCUGGCAACACUUCCCUGUAUAAAGUAGGUACUACAUUGGGUGCUUCUGGAAGACCGAUUUGUGGCGUAGCUGGUAUCCAGUCUUCACAGAACAGUCUCCAGCAUCAUGUGCAGCAUCCACCUGCGACACCAGUUGCACUUUCCCACUGCACUCAUUCAGGAGGGACUGGGUCGUCCUUAGCUUGCCGGUCCCAGUUGGAGAACUCUUCGCCCGUUCUAAUGACGUCCAGCCCUCAGACUCCCCAGGCCCAGGAACAAAAUGGGAUUUUAGACUGGCUACGGAAACUGCGCUUGCACAAGUACUAUCCAGUUUUCAAACAGCUUACCAUGGAGAAGUUCUUGAGCCUUACUGAAGAAGACCUAAAUAAAUUUGAAUCCCUGACCAUGGGAGCCAAAAAGAAACUCAAAACCCAGCUGGAGUUGGAAAAGGAAAAGUCUGAGAAACGGACAAUGAAUCCAGCGACAUCUUCUUCUGUGAGCACAGGAGUAGCCAGAGUACCUCCUACUACUCACAUUGGCCCCAUCCAAAGUAUUCGUAGUAACCAUACGGCAGAGUUACGUGUAGAUGUGGAUCAGCCAGCCCCUACAACCGCUCGUGAAGGAAGCUCUUCAGAAUACUCCAGCUCCUCGUCCAGCCCCAUGGGAAUCCAGAACCGGGAGGAGAGCUCCGACAGCGCUGAAGAAAAUGAGAGACGUUUGGAGAUCCAUUUGGAGCCUUCAGAGAAAGAGAAGCCGGUCAUGAUACUGAAUCACUUCAACUCCAGCUCUGCCAGGCCUACCGCUCAGGUUUUGCCAGUACAGAAUGAUGCAGGGUCUAGUCCGUCCACUCAUCAUACCAUGCCAGUCCAGAUGAUGGCUGCAGGUUCUCCACAUAUCACCCCAAUUAGAAUUCUGAACUCUAUGCACAAAUCAGAGCGAGGAAAUACAGAUAUGAAGCUCCUCUCUUCAUCUAUGCACUCACUUUUGUCUUUAGAAGACAGGACAAAGUUCUCACCUGGGCCACCUCGAAGCAGCAUCAAGAUGGAGAAGAAUUUUGGAAACACUCUUGUGGAUGGCAUGCCAGCAGUGUCCCCUCAUCAGUCCCUGCAAGUGCUCACUGGAGUUCCUGAAAAUGGCUCCUCUGCGCCUCCCAUGAGCUUCGGCCCACGAACCAAAAUGGUACAUGCUUCCACCUUAGACAGAGUGGCAAAAGCAGCCCAGCAGCCAGGAAUAAUCGGGGAAACUAGCACCUCAUCUGCAGUGACAUCCACCACAGUCUUCCACAUGGCACGGCCUCCCAUUAAACUCCUAGUAUCUUCUUCAGUUCCCACUGAUUCAACCAUGGUGGGGCAGUCUUCCUGCUCCAGUAAUAUGCAAUUCAGUGUGUCCCCAGCAAUAAUAAGCCCCCGGACUGCUCUCUAUACAGCCAACACCAAAGUGGCCUUUUCUGCCAUGAGCAGCAUGCCAGUAGCCCCGAUGCCUAGCAGCAGCUUCUGUGCAAACAGCAACACUGCCUCUUCCAGCAGUCACCCAUCCACAUCAUUUGCAAACAUGACAAACCUACCCAGCUGCCCUGCGCCCAGUUCGAGCCCCACCCUUUCGCCAGCUGCUGAGAACAAUUUCUAUAAUAAUGGCGGCGGCAGUGGGUCGGCGGGCAGUGUCCCCGUACCAAACCAGAACCACCAUCACCACCACCAUCACCAGCAGCAGCCUCCCGGGUGCAUGGUGUGCAGCUCCUGCGGCUGUAGUGGGAACUGUGGCUCCAGUGGCAUGACCGUCAGUUAUGCGAAUUACUUCCAGCACCCCUUUUCAGGACCUUCCAUGUUUACUUUCCCGUUUCUGCCCUUCAAUCCUUUAUGCAGCAAUGGUUACAUCAACACGCAACAGUACAACAGCAGCUCAGCUUUCCCAAUGGUCCAUUCUCCUUACAACAGUGGCAUGACGCCGGACUCUGUCAUGAGCGGGCAGUCCACCUUUGCAGUGCCGCCAAUGCAAAACUUUAUGACUGGUACUGCAGGGGUGUACCAAGCACAGGGAAUGAUGAGUAGCAACAGUGGUACGGGCCAUAAAAAAAAUGGCAAUAUCUCCUGCUACAACUGUGGAGCCAGCGGACACCGAGCGCAAGACUGCAAGCAGCCGCCGAUGGAUUUCAAUCGACAAGGUACAUUUCGGUUAAAAUACGCUCCACCAGCUGAAAGUUUAGAUUCCACAGACUGACAUUAACUCCAAACUUGCUAUUUUGUGAUGGCAAAGCCAUGGAAUAAUUAGGAAACUUCAAAUUGGAACCUGGGAAGUCCACUUGUUGAGCUUCUUAAUGUUAUUUUUUUAAUCCAAAGGUGCUCUACUUCAACACUAAGAAGGAACUGAAGCUAAAGGGGGUCUGUCAGACCUGUUUUUACUGAUUUGCCAAAAUUAUAACGCGGAUUUUAAUGUUGGACCUUUUGGAUGGUAGGUGGAACUGACCAACUAUCCUUUCCAUUGUAUACAAACAGCUGCACUUUUGCUGAAGAAUGUUGCCAUACUUUGACCUUCUGUGCUGGAAACUCGAACUCCUGGGCAGCUACGUUGUGAUGUGGAGGGAGAGCUAGAGGUUGACGGUACAGUAGCCAUUUGCCUGCUGGACUCUGACAUUUUGAGGCUAGGUAAACACAUCUAUGUUUUCUCAAAACAAAUCAGGCACUACACUCUGGGAUUUUAAAGGAUUGCACUACGGAAGAAUGUAUAAUUCUCUCUUGACUAUCUGCACUUACAUAGCAGACUGAGACCAGUGCGAAAGAUGUUCCAGCAGUCGGAAAUAGGCACCAGCAAGGCUAUGUGAAAUCCUAAUAAAGAAAUCUUAACCCUCUCUCUCUCUUCUAAAAGGACAGAGGUGGAAGUUUGCGUUCAUUCUGGAAACAGAAA